UGCGGUCACACUGCAAGCUAAUUUGGAAAAUCUUAGCGAAAAUUUUGUAAAAAGUGGUGUUUGUGUAUUGAAAAGCCUCAGAAUUGGUUUGAAAAUGACGUCGCUGGACCCGGCGCCAAACAAAACGUGGGAGCUGUCGCUGUACGAGCUGCAGCGCAAGCCGCAGGAGGUGAUCACGGACAGCACGGAGAUCGCAGUGUCCCCGCGGAGCCUCCACAGCGAACUGAUGUGUCCCAUCUGCCUGGACAUGCUGAAGAAGACGAUGACGACGAAGGAGUGCCUGCAUCGCUUCUGCUCCGACUGCAUUGUGACCGCCCUGCGCUCGGGCAACAAGGAGUGCCCCACGUGCCGCAAGAAGCUCGUCUCCAAGCGCUCCCUACGCGCCGAUCCAAACUUCGACCUGCUCAUCUCGAAGAUCUACCCCAGUCGCGAGGAGUACGAGGCCAUCCAGGAAAAGGUGAUGGCCAAGUUCAACCAGACGCAGUCGCAGCAGGCGCUGGUCAACUCCAUCAACGAGGGCAUCAAGCUGCAGUCCCAGAACCGGCCACAAAGAUUCCGCACCAAGGGCGGUGGUGGUGGUGGAGGAGGAGGUAAUGGAAAUGGUGCUGCCAAUGUCGCAGCUCCGCCUGCACCUGGUGCACCCACUGCUGUGGGCCGCAAUGCCUCCAACCAAUUGCACGUCCACGACACAGCCUCCAAUGAUAGUAACAGCAACACCAACAGCAUUGAUCGCGAGAACCGAGAUCCGGGUCAUUCGGGCACAUCGGCAGCAUCGGCCAUAACGAGCGCCUCGAAUGCGGCGCCCUCCUCGUCGGCAAACUCGGGCGCCAGCACAUCCGCCACCCGGAUGCAGGUGGACGACGCUUCAAAUCCGCCCUCGAUGCGGAGCACUCCCUCACCGGUGCCCUCUAACUCUAGCAGCUCCAAGCCGAAGCGCGCCAUGUCGGUGCUGACUUCGGAGCGGUCCGAGGAGUCCGAGUCGGACUCACAGAUGGACUGCCGCACCGAGGGUGACUCCAACAUCGACACAGAGGGCGAGGGCAAUGGCGAGCUGGGCAUCAACGAUGAAAUCGAGCUCGUCUUCAAGCCCCAUCCCACGGAGAUGUCGGCGGACAACCAGCUCAUACGCGCGCUCAAGGAGAACUGUGUGCGCUACAUCAAGACCACAGCCAAUGCCACCGUCGAUCAUCUCAGCAAGUAUCUGGCCAUGCGGCUCACGCUCGACCUGGGCGCCGAUUUGCCAGAGGCCUGUCGCGUGCUCAACUUCUGCAUCUACGUCGCUCCACAGCCACAGCAGUUGGUCAUCCUGAAUGGCAACCAGACGUUGCACCAGGUCAACGACAAAUUCUGGAAGGUAAACAAACCCAUGGAAAUGUAUUACUCGUGGAAGAAAACCUAAGCUGCACGAAGCGUUUUAGUUUUAGGCCGUUUAUUUCUGAAAUGGAAAUAUGUCUAGCUGUAGAGCUUAACACGUAUAUAAAGCAUUCAUGUACCACAAAAUAUAAUUAAUUGUAAGUAAAAGGUUUCCUUAUUGAGUUUUCGGAAUCCCUCGCUAUAAGUCCACAAAUCUAUAUUCCUUCGUCAACAAUAUUUUACGAAUAAUCAAUACAUAUGUGUAUCGGUUGCAUUCCGCAUCAGAUUUAUUUUAUUCCCUAGUGCGUAGAACAUUACAAGGCAUAUAAACAACUAUAUUUUUUAAGUUAA